AGUCCAAAGAGGGUAAAGGCUGUUCCCCCUUAAAAAACAGCUAAAGACCUUUCGGGACGCUGUUCCUUGUAAAUGUCAACUACUUCCGCGGGAAAGAACGCGCAGGAACUUGGCCUUGUGGGCGCUCACUUGCCCCGGAAGUACUGUUGAGUUAGGGCCUCGCUUUCCGGGGCGGAUUGUCUGUCGUUGCAGUCGCUGUAGGAAGGGGAGGCCAUUUUCCGUUUCUGGGAGGAGUGAGGGGCGACGGGUCGGAGAAAAAGGAAGAAAGAAGGGCUCGGCGCCUCCCCGCCGGGCCGUGGACAGAGGGGCACAGUUUCGGCAGGCGGGUGAGGUCGCUGAGGGCCCGCAGGAGAUGUUUUCCUUGUCGAGCACGGUGCAACCCCAGGUUACAGUUCCUCUGAGUCAUCUCAUCAAUGCCUUCCAUACACCAAAAAACACUUCUCUUUCUCUCAGUGGAGUGUCAGUUUCUCAAAACCAGCAUCGAGAUGUAGUUCCUGAGCAUGAGGCUCCCAGCAGUGAGCCUUCACUUAACUUAAGGGACCUUGGAUUAUCUGAAUUAAAAAUUGGACAGAUUGAUCAGCUGGUAGAAAAUCUACUUCCUGGAUUUUGUAAAGGCAAAAACAUUUCUUCCCAUUGGCAUACAUCCCAUGUCUCUGCACAAUCCUUCUUUGAAAAUAAAUAUGGUAACUUAGAUGUAUUUAGUACGUUACGUUCCUCUUGCUUGUAUCAACAUCAUUCAAGAGCUCUUCAAAGCAUUUGUUCAGAUCUUCAGUACUGGCCAGUUUUCAUACAGUCUCGGGGUUUUAAAACUUUGAAAUCAAGGACACGACGUCUCCAGUCUACCUCCGAGAGAUUAGCUGAAACACAGAAUAUAGCGCCAUCAUUCGUGAAGGGGUUUCUUUUGCGGGACAGAGGAUCAGAUGUUGAGAGUUUGGACAAACUUAUGAAAACCAAAAACAUACCUGAAGCUCACCAAGAUGCAUUUAAAACUGGUUUUGCGGAAGGUUUUCUGAAAGCUCAAGCACUCACACAAAAAACCAAUGAUUCCCUAAGGCGAACCCGUCUGAUUCUCUUCGUUCUGCUGCUAUUCGGCAUUUAUGGACUUUUAAAAAACCCAUUUUUAUCUGUCCGCUUCCGGACAACAACAGGGCUUGAUUCUGCAGUAGAUCCUGUCCAGAUGAAAAAUGUCACCUUUGAACAUGUUAAAGGCGUGGAGGAAGCUAAACAAGAAUUACAGGAAGUUGUUGAAUUCUUGAAAAAUCCACAAAAAUUUACUAUUCUUGGAGGUAAACUUCCAAAAGGAAUUCUUUUAGUUGGACCCCCAGGGACUGGAAAGACACUUCUUGCCCGAGCUGUGGCGGGAGAAGCUGAUGUUCCUUUUUACUAUGCUUCUGGAUCUGAAUUUGACGAGAUGUUUGUGGGUGUGGGAGCCAGCCGUAUCAGAAAUCUUUUUAGGGAAGCAAAAGCGAAUGCUCCUUGUGUUAUAUUUAUUGAUGAAUUAGAUUCUGUUGGUGGGAAGAGAAUUGAAUCUCCAAUGCAUCCAUAUUCAAGGCAGACCAUAAAUCAACUUCUUGCUGAAAUGGAUGGUUUUAAACCCAAUGAAGGAGUUAUCAUAAUAGGAGCCACAAACUUCCCAGAGGCAUUAGAUAAUGCCUUAAUACGUCCUGGUCGUUUUGACAUGCAAGUUACAGUUCCAAGGCCAGAUGUAAAAGGUCGAACAGAAAUUUUGAAAUGGUAUCUCAAUAAAAUAAAGUUUGAUCAAUCUGUUGAUCCAGAAAUUAUAGCUCGAGGUACCGUUGGCUUUUCUGGAGCAGAGUUGGAGAAUCUUGUGAACCAGGCUGCAUUAAAAGCAGCUGUUGAUGGAAAAGAAAUGGUUACCAUGAAGGAGCUGGAGUUUUCCAAAGACAAAAUUCUAAUGGGGCCUGAAAGAAGAAGUGUGGAAAUUGAUAACAAAAACAAAACCAUCACAGCAUAUCAUGAAUCUGGUCAUGCCAUUAUUGCAUAUUACACAAAAGAUGCAAUGCCUAUCAACAAAGCUACAAUCAUGCCACGGGGGCCAACACUUGGACAUGUGUCCCUGUUACCUGAGAAUGACAGAUGGAAUGAAACUAGAGCCCAGCUGCUUGCACAAAUGGAUGUUAGUAUGGGAGGAAGAGUGGCAGAGGAGCUUAUAUUUGGAACUGACCAUAUUACAACAGGUGCUUCCAGUGAUUUUGAUAAUGCCACUAAAAUAGCAAAGCGGAUGGUUACCAAAUUUGGAAUGAGUGAAAAGCUUGGAGUUAUGACCUACAGUGAUACAGGGAAACUAAGUCCAGAAACCCAAUCUGCCAUCGAACAAGAAAUAAGAAUCCUUCUAAGGGACUCAUAUGAACGAGCAAAACAUAUCUUGAAAACUCAUGCGAAGGAGCAUAAGAAUCUCGCAGAAGCUUUAUUGACCUAUGAGACUUUGGAUGCCAAAGAGAUUCAAAUUGUUCUUGAGGGGAAAAAGUUGGAAGUGAGAUGAUAACUCUCUUGAUAUGGAUGCUUGCUGGUUUUAUUGCAAGAAUAUAAGUAGCAUUGCAGUAGUCUACUUUUACAAGCUUUCCCCUCAUUCUUGACGUGGUGUAAUUGAAGGGUGUGAAAUGCUUUGUCAAUCAUUUGUCACAUUUAUCCAGUUUUGGUUAUUCUCAUUAUGACACCUAUUGCAAAUUAGCAUCCCAUGGCAAAUAUACUUUGAAAAAAUAAAGAACUGUCAGGAUUGAAAACAGCUCGUUUGAGGAAUGUCGGUUAUUAAGUUGAAAGUAACUAAUGAUUUUAUGUUUGGUUACUCUACUAGAUGUGAUAAAAAUUGUGCCUUUAGCCUUCUAUGUACAUCAGUGGAAACUUAAUUAAGAUGCAGUAAUUAUGUUCCAGAUUGACCAUGAAUGAAAUGUUUUUUAAUCUAAAUGUAGAGAAGUUGGGAUCAAAAGCAGUCUCGGAAACACACAGCCAGGCAUGUAGCCUUUUGGCAUGGUGCCGUGGCUCACACCUGUAAUCCCAGCACUUUGGGAGGCUGAGGCGGGUGGAUCGCUUGAGGCCAGGAGUUCGAGACCAGCCUGGCCAACGUGGUGAAAUGCUGUCUAUAAUAAAAUACAAAAAAAUAGGGCUGGGCGCGGUUGCUCACGCCUGUAAUCCCAGCAUUUUCAGAGGCCAAGGCGGGCAAAUCACCUGAGGUUGAGAGUUUGAGACCAGCCUGGCCAACAUGGUGAAACCCCAUUUCUACUAAACAUGCAAAAAUUACCUGGGCAUGGUGGCAGGUGCCUAUAAUCCCAGCUACUCUGGGGGCCAAGGCAGGAGAAUUGCUUGAGCCUGGGAGAAUUGCAUUGAGCCGAGAUCAUGCCACUGCACUCCAGCCUGGGCAACAGAGCAAGACUCUGCCUCAAAAAAAAAAUUAAAAUAAAUUUAAAUACAAAAAAAAAAAUAGCCAGGUGUGGUGGUGCAUGCCUGGAAUCCCAGCUACUUGAGAGGCUGAGGCACGAGAAUUGCUUGAACCCGGGAGGUGGAGGUUGCAGUGAGCCAAGAUCACAAGAGCCACUGCACUCCAGCCUGGGUGACAGAGUGAGACUCCGUCUCAAAAAAAAAUUUUAAAGAUUAUAACCUUUCAGAAAUGCUGUGUGCAUUUUCAUGUUCUUUUUUUGAGCAUUACCAUCACUCUCCCUAAUGAAAUGUACUUCAGAGAAGCAGUAUUUUGUUAAAUAAAUAUAUAACCUCAUUCUGAAUGAUGUCCCUCAUUUUGACUAUAAUUAUGCUUGGUUUCAAAAGCAAAAUUAAACAAAAAUCUGAGACCCCUCUGAAGUGAACUUUGUGUUACCCUGUGUCAGAAAUGCCAAGUUGUGUUUACUUUUCAUUCAGAUUUUGUGAAUAUGAACAUGCUGUUAUAGGAUUUACAGAUGAAUAUUUAACUCAAUAGAAAAAUUAUUUUAGAGCACAUUGUAUUGGUAUUACAACCAGAUUAUAUUCUUGACAUUGACUUUAUUAAAAUUAUCUACAAUUUCCUAAUAA